AUGGAUAUUGAAAAAGUGUUUUAUGUCGGAAGACAAUUCGGUAGUUAUCAGGCUUGGCAAGAAAUAUUUGAGGAUUAUAAUAAGAAGAAUAAUCAAGUAUUUACAAUUUGGGACUGUCAUCUAUUAAAUGAAAGUUCAAAUAUUGAUCAGUCGAUUAUUGAUACUUUCAAGUAUUCUUAUGUAAAAUUCAAAUGCAAAUUCGGACCUUCUCGUGGAUCACAAGCCACACAACGUCAAACAAGCACCUGCAAGAUGAAUUGCCCUAGUUAUUUCCUUAUUUCGCUUAAAAACUUCAGGUAUUUCGAAAUAACUGGACUGCAUUUAGAACACAAAUACCACGAAGAAUCUAAACUGGUAAGACUACAUCUGGUAGUUUUAUUCCGUACUGUGCAAUGUCGAUUUUAUGAAUGUAUUCCUGAAGUUAAUAAAUUAACGAAAGAAGAAGAAAUUAUGAUUGGAAAGAUGUUAAAAUUAAAUGCCGAUAAAAAGCAAGUGCAAGUUAUGAUUCAAAAAGAACUUCGCAAAAUUGUACCAUUGAAGAAGCUACAUAACAUAAAUAGCCAAGUGAACUCAGGAAACAACGAUCUAGAAGCAGUAGUCCAACUUCUUCGAGACUCGUAUCGGGCAGACGUUCAUAUUUACAAAGACAAUGAAACAUCCACCUGUAAAGGUAUAUUUUUCUCGACUGAAGAAAUGAGAUCAGACUUUAAAAAAUGGCCGGAAAUAGUGUUCCUAGACGGCACUUAUAAAUUAACAAACAACGAUAUGACGUUAAUGAUUUUUCUUGUUGAAGAUGGUACCGGUCGUGGGGAAGUUGCUGGAUUAGCUUUUUUGUCAACAGAAGAACGCGACGUCCUCGAAUGGAUGUUGAAUACUUUCAAAAAAUUAAAUUUAACUGUAUCUCUUAAAUUUAUAAAAUAUUUUGAUACGAAUUGGCAUAAUAUCCGUGAGGAUUGGUGUAUGUAUAGCGUCUUGAAAAAUAGUCUUGGGAAUACUACUAAUAACCGACUUGAAUCGGUCAACGGAAAAAUUAAACAAGUGAUUAAGAAAAACUCAUCUAUGACAAUUGCAAUAAAAAAUUUUUUUAUAUGGUACGCUAGUCACAAAACUACGAAUCUUUUGAGAACUGCUGGGCAAUUUUUGAAAAAACCAAAUUUGCAAUUUGAUCCUGACGAUGCGGAAAAGAAAUAUAUAGAAACUUUAUCACAGUAUGCCAGUGCGAAGAGUAAGUAA